CCUUCAGAUCGCUGCCAAGACAGCCUCCGAGCAACAGAUCACUGCUCCAUCUCUACAUCUCUUGUUCGUGACUUUUUCCGCUUUUAUUUCCCUCUUGUUUCUUUUUUUUAAAUCCCAGUUGUCUCGAGGUAUCCUCCGAUGUUGGUUAGUGUUUAGAAGUCUCCACUCUAAAGUGGUCCUCGAGACAUAAUUUUAUUAUUUUUUGCUCUUUCACUUCGACGGAUUUUUUUUUACUUCGUGAAGUGAUGUUUUUCGAUUGCGUGGUCCUCCUUCGCCGCAGGAACCCCCGGGCACACUAAAAAAAUCUGAUUGUUCGAUAUCUUUUUUCAAAGGACCUGAUCAGUUAAUGUAAUUGUGUUCCAUUUUUAGUUCAAGCAUACAACCCCCCCCCCCCCCUCUCGAAAGUGGUGUAUUUCGAUCGAGUGGUCGCCACACUACCCCUGCGCAAUAUUUUACCGACAAUCGAAUUUUUAAACAAAAUUGAGUUUUCAAGUGCGGUUUUACGAAUGGUUUUCUGCCCCUGCUUGUUUACGUCUCGAAUAAUUUUUUUUCUGAAGGUGGUGUGUUUCGAUCGGAGUGUCUAUCUCGCGCACUCUAGCCUCCUUAGAUCUUAAAAGGAAUUAUAUUUUUGCAGGUUGCCUGCUUCCAGUAGUGUGUUCCCGUCCGGCAUGUGACUUAGACAUCUCCAACACUAUUCCUGUAAAUAUAAAACGAUGCUUUCGUUGAAUUUCACUCGGGCAGUGUUUAGAAUAAUGAAUCGAUGAAUCAAAUUUAACGCACCUCUAGAAAGUGCGUAGUGCUUACACACGUCGAUUCCCCCUGGCUAGCAAAUUAUAAUGCAAUUUCAUCAGUCUUCCGAGAAUCGUAAUGUUCUCAUCGGAGUUCGCAUUUUAUGCCGUCAAUUCUUCAGCUGUUGCCGUUUCGAAUUUUGAACUCGGACAUAUUUAUAUUUUGUGCACGUCCUCGCAGUUUCGUGACCGCUGUCAUGCGAAAUUCCGCGAAAACGAUCUACGCACGGAGACCCGGUAUCUAGCAGCUCGAUCCUCGCCACCGAGUCCUGUUUACAUCCAACGACUCCUGCCAUUUUAAUUUUUCAUUUUUUUAUUCGUUGUUUCUGCCCUAUGCUAACCCGAGGAAAAGCUCCCCGCGCGAUCCACUCUGGUGGAAAUUAAACCGGUGUCUGUGACCUUAAACUAUCAAUAUGUAUAAAUUAGUCGGAACGUACCUGCCGCUCUUUCUGUGCAGUUUCUGCUUGUGCAAGUACUCGGUGAGUUCGGAUACAACCGCUAUUGGAAAUUCAAGAUUCCAUGCGGAUUACGACGCGUCAGCUGAAGGAAAUGAUUUCUCGGAAUGGAGGGAGAAGGGAAAUUUUAGGACUUCCCCGGCUCGGAAAGUUCGUGAAAGUUCGGUCGCGAUAUGUCCCAAAACAAACUCCAGUUGCGCGAUGAAGUUUGAAGGAAACGUUCUCACGUCAGAGGUGAGCAGCAUGGAAAAAAUAUUUGAAUCCGAUGACUUGAAUUCGGAAAAAUCGCUCGUUGACGUCGAGGGAAACCGGUUGACAGAGGGCAAAAACCUGGUGCGAAGCGAGCUCUUCAGUUCUGUAGACGAUGAGAAGAUACUCACAUCGGAGGACAGCAGUAUUGAACAAAUUUUCAAAUCCGAAAGUAGUACUGUUGAGAUCAGCAAUUUGAAUCGGGGAAACGGCGGAGGCGCAACGCGGAAUAACGAAAUGGCAGUGGAUAUCGAUGACAACUUCUGGAAUAUCGAUUUCGGGUCAGGAAACUCGCCCGGUUUGGAAUCCGUCACCAACGAAGUUAAGCAGAAAUCUAACGAUGUCCAACAGACAAGCGAAAAACCACCCCAGAUGAAUCAUAAGUUGCGGCACAAUACCACUCACAACGAACGAUCGGGGACUAUGAAAAGCAUCGAGGAUGUCCCGUCGCAAAAGCUGAAUGAAGUCCGAACGUCGCCUGCGAGUGUUUUAAAAAAUGUCGAAUUUGUCGAUGGAUCGGACUUAAAACCGGCUCAGAUCUACGUGAACAACACUGAAAAACCAACGAAGCCAAGGAAGAAGGGUGGCAAGAGGAAACAUCCGCCCGGUGAGAGGCACCCGGGAAGACCGAGUCAAUCUGAGCAGAAAUCAACCCUCGAGGCGGAGUCUCCAAGCCACGGAAGCGACAGCACUCCUUCAACCCCGUCUCGAAGCGAAGAGGGUGCCCUGACGUCGAGCGCCCCCAAGUGGGCACGGAGCGACGUCAGAGGGAAGAAAGCCCGGAGCGGGGGGCUGAAACGCGAGAAGCGGAAGCGAAAAGACUCGAAGAGGAAGAAAUCGGUGAUCCAUCCGAACGGGUUGUUCGACACGACGUUGUCAGCAGGGGUGGGGGCUCCAUCGGCGAUGGUGGCGUCGACGACUGGGGGCGGGGGCGGGCGACCGGGAGCCGACGGAAGGAAGAACUGGCGGCGGUUGCCGGAGGGCACGGCGGGGUCGGCGUCGUUGGCGUUCGUGUUCGACUCGACCGGGUCCAUGUGGGACGACCUGGCCCAAGUCAAGCACGGCGCCGUCAAGAUCCUCGAGACCAUCCGCGAGCGCGAUCCCACGCUCGUCGCCGACUACAUACUCGUCCCUUUCCAAGAUCCCGUCGUUGGACCGCUGUCAGUCUCCAAUGACCACGAGGAGUUCCUGCGCCGCCUCCAAGAGAUAGAAGUAUUCAGCGGCGGCGAUUGUCCCGAGAUGACUCUCAGCGCCAUCAUUUUAGCCCUCCAAGCCUGCAGGCCGCACUCCUUCGUUUACGUGUUCACCGACGCCCGUUCCAAAGAUUACGAGCGAAUCAACGAGGUGCUGCCUCUGAUCGAGAGGAAACAAACCCAGGUCAUCUUCGUCAUGACCGGGGACUGCGGAGACCCUCAACAUCCUGGUUACCAAGUCUUCGAAAAAAUCGCCGCCACAAGUUCCGGACAAGUCUACCAUUUGAAUAAAACUGAUGUUCAGGAGGUUUUGAAUUUUGUACGGGUGAGCUUGCAGUCUCAUAAAGUAAACUUGUUGGCUGUGGAUCGCUCGGACAAAAAUUCAUCAUCUGUAGAGGAACACGAGCUUCCAGUAGAUCAAACGCUGAAAGAGUUCACAGUAUCAGUGGCCGGGAUCCACCCAAAAGUGCAAGUUAUGAACCCAUCUGGAGAACUGCCGGAAAACUUGACCUCCCUAUUGGAUUUGGAGAAUGUAAAAAUAUUGAAUGUAAAACAACCGGAUCCAGGAAUAUGGAGGGUGAACGUCAAAAGUGAUGCGCAGUACACCAUCCGCUCUACAGGCCUCAGCAACAUUGAUUUCUCUUAUGGUUUCUCCGUGAGGCCUGCCAAAACCCUCAUCGAAACCAGUCAUCGACCCCUGAAAGGUGCUGAAAAUUCAAUUCUGAUUCAAACUGAGCCGAAGAAUAUUCAAAAUUUGACAAUGGUGUGUUUCUUGAAUGUCAAAGGUGAAAUUUUACAAAAUGUAACCCUUGAGCCCUUGACACCAAAGAAAGGUGUGUACAGCAGUGAGCCUUUUACUCCCAAUGGGGACUACUUUUAUGUCAGUAUCAAUGGUUUCAGCAAAGAUGGUACACCACUGAAAAGAAUAACACCAACUGCUAUAAGUCCCCAAUUACCAGCAAUUCCAGAAAUUCAGCCGACCACAAAUUACACCGGCCUGAUUCAUCAAGACAUCUCUCUCCAGUGUUAUGUUGAGUCUCUAGUCCCAUUUUCUGUACGUUGGUUCAAGGACAAUAAGGCUGUAGGACGAAAUAUACAGUAUCCACAGACUGCAGUAGCUGAAUGGAAGGUGAGCGAUCUCAAAAGUGAGGAUGAAGGCACUUACGCAUGUCAAGCCAAAAAUGCAGCUGGCUAUGCAAUGGAGAGGAUUCAUCUCUUCGUAACAGGAAACCCUCCUUUUAUUAGAACCACAGAUCAUGUAAUUGGUACCCCAGAUCAGCCUUCUAUUUUAGAGUGUAAAGUUGAAUCUUCCAUGACUUACAAUGUAACUUGGUUUCAAGGAAUAACAGGAGAAACGCGACAUUGGAAAGAAUUGAAACCUGACAGUAGAUUUUCACUUGGGAGUCAAAAUCAGCUGAUCAUAAAUCCAACGCUUGAAAGUGAUGCUGGAUGGUAUCAGUGUAUUGCUCAAAAUAGCGCGGGCUCUGGAAUGGGAAAAUUAUACUUGUCUGUCAAAGAAGAGCCAAAAAUUAGCAUUGAGCCCUCAUCAAUGAAAGUUACCAAAAAUGGAUCUGUUAUCUUGACAUGUACUGUCUUGAGAGGAACUCCCAAACCAAAACUCCUUUGGAGGAAAGAUGACUUACCCUUAAGUGAUGGCUUACAAGGCAAAUAUCAACUCAAGAAGACAGAAACUUCCUCAACUUUAAGCGUUAGCAAUGUUCAUUUUUCAGACGCUGGUUUUUACACAUGCCAUGCUGUAAAUGAUGUUAACAUUAUUACCAGUCAAGCUUUUGUUGAGUAUGUUGAAGCCCCUGUAGUUCAGGUUGAGAAGAGCUAUCAGUUUGUCAAAGAAGGAGACUUUGUGCGUUUCAAGUGUCAAGUUUCAGGACUUCCCCAACCUGCGGUAUCGUGGUUGAAAGAUGGGCAGUUGAUUGAAAUAAAUUCCAAUAUUAUCCGCAUUAAAGACGACCUGAGCAUACUGUCCGUAAAGUUGUCUGAUUCUGGUCAGUACACAUGUCGAGGUCAAAACAGUGAGAGUUCACAUUCAGACUCUACUAUCCUCGAAGUUGGGGUUCCACCAAAUACAAUUGAAAAUCACAUUGAUAAUACAAUUUCCGCUGUCAAUUUGGGUGAUGAUGUUGAAUUUCACUGCGCUGUCAAUGGUCUCCCAGUUCCCUCCAUCAUUUGGAAUCGCGAUGGAAACAUGUCUUUCUUGGAAUCAAAACGGUUUCAAAUCUCCAACGAUUCAGUGGUCCUCAAAAUCAUUGAAACAUCUUUAGAGGAUGAAGGCCUUUAUACAUGUGAAGCAGAGAAUAUAUUUGGCAAAACAACACUUGAGUUUCUUCUUAAAAUCACCGGAACUGAAGCUCCAAAGUUUGAAGAGACAAGUAAAAAUGAAAAUAUCUUGCAAAUUGCACCUGGAGAGAAGGCUUACCUGUCGUGCUCUCUUACUGGCGGGAAACCAAAACCAUCAGUUCUGUGGUACCAUAACCAGCUUCCGGUCAAUAUUGGGCACUCACGCUUUCAACAACAUGAUAAUGGUAGUCUAACCAUUUCUCAAAUAGGGAAGUUUGAUGGCGGAACAUACGUAUGUGUGGCCAGCAAUCCUCUCGGCUCUAUCAAAAAAGUUUUCACACUUCAAACUUACGAGCCACCAAAAUUUGAAGAAAAUUUACAGUCUUGGUUUCAUGUAUUAAUUGGAGAAAAUGUAACGCUUCCCUGUAGAGUUACUUCGGAGCCUAAAGGGACUGUUACUUGGCAGAAAGACGGACAUAUUCUAACCACUGAUAAUAGACUUAUAAUACUCGAUGAUGAAUUGAGUUUGCUACAGGCUCAAAUAGAGGACAAGGGCACUUACGUGUGCACAGUAACUAAUCCAGCUGGUUCAGCAAGCAGAGCUGUAGCUUUGGAUGUCUCAGCUAUUCCUACCAUUUUGGACACUCAAGAAAACAUGAUCACACUACAAGAAGGUGAAGAUUACAAGAUACCAUGCACUGCGAGUGGAACGCCCAAUCCAGACAUCAAAUGGAAAAGAUUUAACAAAACAUUUUCUGCUGGAUAUCAUGAUGAGGAAAUAUUUAUCCUAGCUGACAAUAGCGUGAUUUUGAGAAGUGUUACCCCAAAAAUGGGAGGAACAUAUGAGUGCAUUGCUGAAAAUAAAGCAGGAUCUGCAACAAGAGAAUACACUCUCACUGUAAACGUGCCGGAUCUGCCUACUGGAGAACCCGAUGUUCCUGUUGUUAAUGUGGAAGUGGUCGAGUCCGAUGUUGCUUUGUUAGAAUGCCCUCUUCCCUCAUUGUCUCCUCCAGAAUGGUUGAAGGAUGGCACCGAGCUUGUAAAUCUUCAUAACGAGAGAGCAGAUGAAGCACACUUUGCUCUCAUGGACCGCCAGAGAAUUGUAAGAAUCCCGGAGAGUCGUAUCUCAGAUUCUGGAGACUACACUUGCCUUGUUGAGAACAACGAUUUAGAAUCAGAUACGGCAAUAGUUAGACUGAAUGUUGUGGCAGCCCCAUCAUUUGAGCAGGAAGUUUAUGAGCCACAUGUCACAGUCAUUGAAGGAGAGAAGUUAGUUUUAAGCUGUACAGCCCGAGGGAACCCUCAGCCCAAGGUGCAAUGGCAGUUUUUGAGUAAAGCCACUCCCAUCACCGAGUACACAUUUCCUGGAGUUUACUUUGAGCAACCUUUCAAGCAGAAUCUAGUCAUUCCACGGACAAAUCAUUCUCGACAUGAAGGACAUUAUCAGUGCAGUGCCACUAAUAAACUUAGCACUCAGAUCCGAGAUUUUCAUGUGGAAGUUAUUCGAAUUCCAGUGAUUAAAGAUUCAUCAAUAGAAGAAAAUAUUACAUCUAGUUCUCAAGAUUCUCCUGUAUUGAAGUGCAGUAUAUCUAGUCAUCCAACUCCAGAGGUAACAUGGUUGCACAAUGGGACUGCCAUCUCACCAAAACCUGUCAUUUUGCUUGAGAAAUUAAAUAAUGAUUUCAAUACUUAUUUCUAUACCGUGAAUCUAUCCCAGACUGGGAUAGGACGUUACACAUGCUUGGCAAGCAACAAAGCAGGAGUGGCUGAAAAAAACUUUUUUGUAACUCGAAGUUGAUUUAAGUGAUCAUGUAUCACUUUAUUUAUUUUUGUAGGCUUAGUACACCAUCAAUUUGUAAAA